AUGUCAGCCACUCCAGAAUACAAUCCCCGACAAUUUUGGAAAUCUCGCGACUUUCAUAAUUCGACCAGACUUUACCUCCAACACUGGCUGGUCCAAAAGACUCUUGGAUAUGUCCUCCAUCCGUCCAUCCCCCAAGAUCGACCACUUCGAGUCGCUGAUUUGGGUUGCGGCAAUGGCGCAUGGAUCAUCGAAGCCAGUCAUGAACUUCCAUCCUCUGCCGAGCUGACAGGGUUCGACAUUGCCGCUCACAACUUUCCAGCGCCCGAGUUUCUUCCUGCCAACGUCAAGUUUUCGGUCCUGGAUGUCAUGACGGGCGAAUGUCCCUCGGAUUUGACGGGGACUUUUGACAUCGUGCAUAUUCGCUUCUUCAACGGCAUUGUCUUGAACAACGAAGCACAACCCUUAAUCGCCACUGUCACCAGGCUCCUCAAGCCCGGUGGAUGGCUUCAAUGGGAGGAAAUGGAUCCUAGCACCCUGGCCACUAUAACCCCACGGCCCGACAUUAACACGACCUACUGCCAGAACCUCAUGGGCCUCAUCCUCAACAUUGGCACAAUGGUCGGAACGAAAUUCGACUGGCUCAAGAGUUUCGAAAACGAGCUGGACACGUUCAAUAACGUUCAAGUCAAACACGUCCCUCUCCCACCGGCGUACCACAAGGCCUGGACCGAGAACUAUCUGAUCCUGUGCGAAGAGAUAGCCGAGCGAAUGCCGCCCGCCAAAAAAGCGGCGCCAAACGUGCCGAUCACGCGAGAAGGCUAUCUGGACAUGUUUGAGAAGGUGCUCGAGGAGGUCAAGAACGGCGUCGCGCUGAAUUCAAAGGACCUCAUUGCCGUGCUGGCGCGUUAUUAG